UUAGAGAACCUAACUCCUAAUUAUACUGCAUUUUUGGUAUUGAUUUCAGACUCGGACCAACCUUCACUGAAAGCAAACUUCGUGGGGGCAGAUCCAGAUGAUAGUGGGUGUACAAUCGCUUCAUCUCACCAACCCCAGACACGCGCAUGCACACACCCUGUCUCUUCUUCCCUACAACAUACGAACACCAUAAAAAUAGGUACAUUUCCAUUGGACGAUCGCACAGAGAUAGAGACCCGCACGGGUUUGAGACCAGAAGUGGCCUCCUUUUUGUCGUACCCAACCUCUCUCUCUCUCGUGGCUCUCAGUCAGUCCCUGCGCUACGAUUCGAUUCCCUUUCGUUGCUUGCUUAUUUCCAGGUUGUGUUAUUCCUUCGAAAUCCCUUUCAGACUAUCGUCCUACUCCUGCUUUCAGGACCCAUUAAUCUCUUUUCAUGGAUUCGAUUUUUUGAGACACGCGGCCAGAUUCUUGGUAUUUAUUAGGUUCCGAUUGUUUUUGCUCUUAUUUGGUUGGAUUCUCUCAGACACGGUGAAAAUCCGCUCCAAAAUUUGCAGAUGGGGGAUGUCGCAAAGGAUUUGGCUGCUGGGACUGUUGGAGGAGCAGCACAAUUGAUUGUCGGACAUCCCUUUGACACCAUUAAGGUCAAGCUCCAGAGCCAGCCUGCUCCACUUCCAGGCCAAACUCUCAAGUAUGCAGGUGCAAUGGAUGCUGUCAGGCAAACAGUAGCUGCUGAAGGCCCUAGAGGUUUGUACAAGGGUAUGGGGGCUCCACUGGCCACUGUGGCUGCCUUCAACGCUGUCCUCUUCAGUGUGAGGGGACAAAUGGAGGCAUUAUUGCGAUCUCAACCAGGUGCUCCCCUUACGGUUAAUCAGCAAAUUGUCUGUGGGGCAGGGGCUGGAGUUGCCGUUUCUGUUUUAGCUUGCCCUACUGAAUUGAUCAAGUGCAGGUUGCAAGCCCAGAGUGCAUUGGCAGAUUCCAGUUCAGCCAGUGUGGCAGUGAAGUAUGGAGGGCCAAUGGAUGUAGCCAGGCACGUUCUCAGAUCAGAAGGUGGUGUAAGGGGUCUCUUCAAAGGAUUAGUUCCUACCAUGGCACGUGAGGUUCCCGGAAAUGCUGCUAUGUUUGGUGUCUAUGAAGCUCUGAAGCAGUUUUUUGCUGGUGGUCAAGACACUUCUAAAUUGGGAAGAGGCUCUUUGAUUGUGGCUGGAGGUCUAGCUGGAGCUUCCUUCUGGGUGUCGGUCUACCCAACUGAUGUUGUCAAGAGUGUAAUUCAGGUAGAUGAUUACAAAAAUCCCAAGUUCUCUGGCUCCAUUGAUGCUUUUAGAAAGAUCAUGGCCUCAGAGGGAGUGAAAGGCCUGUACAAGGGCUUUGGACCUGCCAUGGCCCGAAGUGUUCCUGCAAAUGCUGCAUGCUUCUUGGCAUAUGAGGUGACAAAAUCAAGUUUGGGAUAAUCGCUUCUUCCGGUGUUAUUGGUUGAGGAUUUGGUUGAAUGUCUUCAUGUUUGGAUCUUGCUUAUAUCUCACAGCAAUCACUCCAAGAAUUUAAUGUUAGCCGAUCGAGAGAUUGUUUUGCAAUGAUGGCAAGCUCUUUGCAAUCUGUAAUUUCAUUUGGUUGCUGGAAGAAACAUUCUUUCAUCAUUUGAUAUAUAAAGGCACCUGUUGCUGAACCUUGCUUAUAAGAUGUUCUCGGAUAUGAACUUUUAUGUGAGCACAUUAGAUGGUGGUCCGGUGGACAUAUAGAGCUUUUGGUGCCGAAGAAGGCCCCCC